AGCACAUCACCCAGCUCUCCGAGACGUCUAUGGAGUCGGACCCUAGGCUAGCAUUCAUUUAACAUUGCACAACCUUUCUGCGUGGGAUAGACGUGUACCAUCCUCGAUUAAUGCCCUGUACCCGUGGUGUCUAUGAACGUAUGGUAGUCUCGAGGCGUACAUGCGACCGCACCCUUCAAGAGAGGAGCAGGUUGAAUAGACGUAUUCCCUCAACCUCAUCAUGACCCUCUUACCCUUGGCUAUCCUACCACUGUUAUACAUCCCUUUUGUUUACUCCUCACUACCGAGCUUUAAUGACACCAGUACCACCACAUUCGACGUCACUGACUCUCCAUCCAGCAACAACACCAGAACAUUGUGGGACAUCAUCUGGAGUUGCGCCGCAACUCUAUUCGCAUGCACAUGGACUGCAGUUCACCCGAACAUCCCGGGUAUGGACGAGGGGAAAUUCGCUGUUUUCUCUCGUCGCCUAGGCAUCAUGAUGAUUGCGCUGAUCGCGCCAGAACUCAUGAUUACCUGGGCCACUUGUCAGUUUCUGAGUGCUCGCGACGCUGCAAAGGCCUUCAAUGAUGCCUUUGGUGCGCAACUUCACCAGGCCCGCAGCGACUGUGGAGAUACGGGAGAGAGCAUAACUGCGUUGCUCAGUGAAAUUUCAACAUCGAAUAGAACAAACAGCCUACAUCCGAGCGCUCCGCAUGUUGCAAAUCGCGAUUUUAGAGGAUGGACAGUGACGCAUGGCUUUUUCGCGUGGAUGGGUGGAUUCAUGCUCUACGUCAAUGGCAAGCCGCGAGCCACUCUUACACCCAAUGAGCUUGAGUUCUUUGUUGGUGAGGGCUCCGUGGAAAUGCCCGUUAUCGUGGAGGCAGACAUAGAAGAUCGAAGCAAGGGUGACGCAUUAUCCAAAGGCAUCGCCAUUCUUCAGCUGGCGUGGUUUGUCCUCCAGCUUGUUGCCCGUUACGUUCAGAACCUUCCGAUCACACUGCUUGAACUCGACACCCUUGCUUUAGCUGCCCUGGCUGGCAUUGCCUAUGGCUUCUGGUGGAAGAAGCCUAAGGAUGUAGGACGUCCUCAUGCUGUUUAUUGGAAAGCAGCUUGCUCUCCGCCAAGCUAUUUAGCCUACGAGUAUGUCGUCAAUAUUCUUGUCUGA